AUGCAUUCGGGUUGCCUCGAGCACGACGACUACACUGUGGGAUGGAUAUGUGCCUUACCGAAAGAGCUCACGGCGGCGCGGGCAAUGCUGGACAAUAUCCAUCCAGACCUUCACGUACCUCCAGGCGAUUACAACACCUACUGUUUAGGCAGCAUCGGGACGCAUAACAUUGCCAUUGCGUGUCUCCCGUUGGGAGAAAUAGGGACCAACUCUGCAGCUACCGUCGCGAGUCGGAUGCUGGUGACGUUUAGGUCAAUCCGAUUUGGCUUGAUGGUCGGCAUCGGUGGAGGCGUGCCUGGCAAGCGACAUGAAAUUCAGCUGGGGGAUGUGGUAGUGAGCAUGCCAACGGGACAGCACGGGGGUGUCGUGCAGUGGGACUUUGGCAAAUCCGUGGGAGCUGGUGGCGGCUUUGAGCGGACGGGAUCGCUGAAUCGGCCACCGCAGGUCCUGAUGGCCGCGCUGUCAAAGCUGAUCUCGAACCAUGACCUCGAAGGUAGUAAGACUGGUACAUAUCUAGCAGAUAUGAUGGCCAGGUAUCCUCCAAUGACCAAGUAUGCUCUGCAGCCGGACAUGACAGAUGUUCUAUUUCCAGCCGAGUGCAGUCAUGUCGACGACAAUGAGACGUGCGAGGAAUGCGACCAUGGCAAAGCGUUGAUUCGAAUACCGAGAUCCGCGCCAGCCGUCCACUAUGGACUCAUUGCGUCUGGGAAUCAGGUAAUCAAGGACGGUACAAAGAGAGACAAGAUCAGUAGAGAUCUCGGUGGCGUUCUUUGCUUCGAGAUGGAGGCAGCAGGGCUACAGAAUCAGUUCCAAUGCCUUGUCAUCCGAGGCAUCUGCGAUUAUGCGGACUCCCACAAGAACAAAGUAUGGCAAGAGUACGCGGCUGUUGCUGCGGCCGCAUUUGCGAAGGAACUUGUGAUGAUAAUCCCAGCUCAUGAGGUCGCCAAUACCCGCACAUUGAAAGUGGUGAUAUCGGAGACAGUCCGAACUUCGAUGCAGGCCCAACGGGACGAAGAGCAGGCCUCCAAGUCCCUCCAGACACUCCGGACGUCUAACUACGAAUUGUUUAAAGCCAGGAAUCCCGAUCGGGUCGAUGGAACGUGCCAAUGGUUCUUGGAGCACCCAACCUUCGUUGAAUGGCGUGACAGGAAGACAUCCAGCCUCCUCUGGUUGUCGGCCGAUCCUGGCUGCGGGAAAUCUGUUUUGUCCAAGUCCCUUGUCGACAAAGAACUGGCUUCAUCAGCCUCUCGCACUACGUGCUAUUUCUUCUUCAAGGAAGACGACCCAACGCAGAGGAGCGUUUCAAACGCCAUGUGUGCAAUUCUGCACCAGCUGCUGACACAGAAUAAGCCGCUGCGUAAGCACGCCUUGACCGCGUUCGACGAGAACGGGUCAGAGCUUCCGUAUCUGUUUGAUACACUCUGGGGCAUCCUGACAACUGCAGUACGAGAUACAGAGGCUGGUGAGGUGGUGUGUAUUCUGGAUGGCCUCGAUGAGUGUGAAAAGGACGGACGUGAUGGAAUCGGGAUGGAAGGACUCAUUGAGACAUUAACCUCGUUCUUCUGCAACGAACAAGGAAGCAAUUCCCAUAGGCUAAAGUUCCUCGUCACCAGCCGUCCUUAUUACGACAUUGAACGCCUUUUCAACACCCUCGUCUCUAUCCAACCGAUGGCCCGGCUAUCGGGAGAGGAAGAGGCAACCCACAUCAGCAAGGAAAUAGACCUUGUGAUUAAAGUGAAAGUGAAAGAUCUCGUGACGUAUUUGGGCCUUCCGGGAUCGGCCAUAUCAUUCUUGGAGACCGAGCUCUCAAAGGUCACCCACCGAACGUAUUUGUGGUUGAAGCUGAUCAUUGAACUCAUUCGCAAUGAUCCACAUAUAACCACGGAGAAGAAACUACGAAAGGCUAUUAGCACGAUGCCAAGAACAGUUGACGAUGCGUAUGAGGCAAUCUUGAAGAGAAGCACUGACAUGGAUGAGGCAAAGAAACUCCUCCAUAUUGUUGUCGCAGCGACUCGCCCACUUACCAUCCAGGAGAUGAACUUUGCCCUUGCAAUAGACGAACACACCAGAUCACAUGAAGACCUGGAUCUAGAACCGGAGAGGCCUUUUCUUACCAGGAUCAAAAAUCUUUGCGGCCUCCUGGUCACCGUGAUCGAUUCAAAGAUCUAUUUCAUCCACGAAACAGUCAAGCAGUUUCUUUUAUCAACCGCGGCUCCUAGUCCCCAGCAAGUCCAAAGAAGACGCGUUCCCAGCUACUGGAAACAUGCCUUGCGACUGGAAGAAUCACACCAUGUUCUGGCAGAGAUCUGUCUCGCUUAUCUCCUGUUGCCGGCUUUUGAGUAUGAACCGAUGAUGAUAGAUGCUGACAUCAAUAUCCAUGAUUUCCAAAAAGCCAUUGAUGAGUAUAGUACUGAACACAAGUUUCUCAAGUACACGGCAGAGUGCUGGUCGUUCCAUUUCCGAGAAGCUCAAGUAACAGAAGACUCGGCUCUUAUACAGUCAGCCCUACAUGUCUGUGACACUGAAACUAAGCGAUUCUUGACGUGGUUCCCAAUCCACUGGCUCUCGGUUGACUUCUCCGUUUGCCCAUCCGGGUUCACAGACCUAAUCGUGUGCACCACUCUGGGACUUACUCUGUUGGUGCAGCGUCUACUAGCUCAAGAGAAGGUCAACGUAACUGCUCCACAUCCCGACACUGGUAUGACUCCAUUGAUGUGGGCCGCGGAGGCAGGUAGCGAGAGGAUCGUCCGGGUUUUACUAGAUCAGCCGGGGGUCCUUCCGGCAGAAGCUGACCCCUUUUCCGGACGGACACCGGUGUGGUGGGCAGCUGUUGGAGGGCACGAGGCAGUGAUGCGACUUCUCUUGCAUCAAGAGAUUGUCGACCCGGAUGCUGCGGAAUCCAGAUACGGCCGGACGCCCUUGUCAUGGGCGGCAUCGCUGGGUAAUGAAGGCAUACUGCGUCAGCUCUUAAGAGACAGUCGUGUGAAUCCGGACUCGAAGGGCAAUAAUGGCAGGACGCCACUUUCAUGGGCCGCAGGUGAAGGGAGCGUCGGGAGUGUCCGGCUGUUGUUGGAGAGGAAUGCUGACCCGAAUUCCGUGGAUAAUCGGCAUGGUUGGACACCAUUAGCCUGGGCAGCUGAUAAGGGGCAUGAAACUAUUAUACAGCUGCUCCUGGCCUGCAAAUGCAUCAACCCAGAUCCGAAGGAUACCCGAAAUGGGCGAACGCCAUUAUCGUUGGCUGCUGAGAGAGGACACGAACCCGUCUCCGUCGAAUACUGGCAUCACACCAUUAUCUUGGGCGGCUCAAAAAGGGCAUGA